UCUAUAUCAAUGCCUCCCUUUGCCUGAUUAUCCACCUCGGCACCCAACACCUGACUGUCUCACGACUGGCCCGCCCAAGAACAUGACCGAGGGGAAUAUUUAUUAACAUAGAGAUCCCCCCCAAUUGCACCCCUUGGCGCAAAGGGUCUAGCAUACCCAGCAACGACCCUCUCUCUACCUGAUUGCUCAAUCACGUCUCGUCAUACCACUCUCAACAUCCCUUUCGCUACCUGCCGUCAGACUACCUUACAUUUCUGCCGUUACACGCGCGACUGCACCAACCGGCCAUUGCGAUUCAAGAACACCCCGCCGCAUUGCUCCCGUCAUUCUCCCAUCAUCGUCAUCUUUCUUCAAUCAAUCCCAAUCUAAAUAGCCAACGGCCCUCGCCGUUGCUCCCGCAAUUCCCUGAUGAAUACUCACGCGCAAACCGCCUCGUGGUACGACACCAUGAUGACCUACUCAUUACUACACUCCGACUAUCCUACCAUUGUGAGAUACAUUUCAGGCGCCUUUAUCGCACUGGGAUUCUGCUUCUUUGGCCCUAUCCUCCUCCUGAUCGGUGUAGACAUCGUCAUCUACAUCUAUAGGAUAUGUUGGAGCCGUCCGUGGAAUCAGAACCAAAACCAGACAUCCUUGCGUGAGCCGAGGCACUUGUUGCAACCGCAAAAGGCACAACCGCCACCACCACCACUGGGAGCCUCGGGUGGGACGACGGCCGUCCCUUCGACAGUGACAGUGACAGAUUCAGCGCGGAAACGCAUACAGCAUCCGAGCGAGUCCGGGACCGGGCACAGCUCAUUUUCUGGGUAGAGCGAAUGCGAGGUUAUGAUCAAGGGGCUGUGCUUUGAGCGCAAGGUUUUUGCGAGAGACUAGAGCAGUAGCUCAAUGGGCGUAUAGGCUAUGGUUGCGUAAUGAGCUGCGAAAAGCGUUUCUCUCCUGAUGCAGCGUUCUUUUUCAAUGUGUUUACUUUAUCGGGCUACCAAUCGUAUCUGGGCGGUUCUCAUGAUUGAAGGGGAGACUCGCUUCUCUUUUUGUUUGUUGAGGUUCCCUUAUGAAUGAGAUGUCAUAAAUGUGUACUAUGAAGCGACAGGGGCAGCAGACACGAGAACAAAGAAGGAAAGCGAAUGUACUCUUGACUGAAGUUUCGAGGUGCCAC